ACAGAGCUUUGAUUACACAGAAUAGCUACAGGCCUCCACUCAGGCAGAAGAGUCUUUGGAGUGGGCUCAACUCAACAACAGACAGGAAAUCAGGAAAUCAGCAGAAUAGAGGGACAAUAAGACAGAUUAGGGCUGACCGGUUUCUCACUUACUAGGACUUCCUCUUUUUUCCCCAGAUAAGCACACAAUCUAUAACAGUCUCACACACUCUUAUUAAAACACAAUCAGUUGUACAUGACCAACCUCUUCAAACUUCAAACUAUACGUCGCCCCUUUCCUUUCUCUCAGUCACACCAUUCAGCUUUAAGAAUAAGUCGUGCACGGCAGUUUCUGCCUUUCUCAAUGUCAUGGGAAUUAAACCGGGAGCUCGUGCUUUGUGCCGACUCACCCGCAGGUGAUGGGUGCAGCCAAUCAACCAGCAGGACUUACUGUAACACCUACGACUAAAAGGCCAACUCACUCCGCAAACAGGAUGAUAUAAUCUCCUGACUGGAGGUGGGAUGACUUCAGAUGUCAACUAAGAAAUACCUGGAUCUCUUAACAAUCUUAUACUUUGACCUCACCUGGCUUAUCACUUAGGGGAAGAUAACUUUCAUCAGCCAGACACAAAAAGAUCUUUCUGCAAGGAUUAUCUAAAACACUCGUUGAAGCAGAGAAGGGUAAGAAAUGGUACAUAAAUACUUUCUUUAGCUUUUCUUCUACGAUGAGGAAAAGACUGUUGUAGCUCACAUUGUUUCUGUGUCUCGAGGUGGUUCAAUGAGAUCUUCUCUGUAACAGCUGACAAGCCCCGUCAUGUCAAAGGAAGGUUUGUGAGAGUGUGCAGGUACACACAGCCUAGCUUCCUGGCAGACACGGGUGUGCGUGUGUGGGAUUCAAUUAUCCUUGAUUUUCCCAGCAAGACAGAGGGAGUUAUGCUUUUAAUUAUCAAAACUUCCUAACAAAUUGAACAAAGAAGAAAGAGACUACAAAGACUUUUGAGGAUACAUUAAAAACAAAAAAGAUUAAACUGAAACAUUUAAGCAAAUCUUAACCAGAUCUGCUAGGAUGCCACUCCGAGCAUCGCUGCACAGAAAUCCAGCCUCUGGACGCUGGUCCAGCAGGAAUUCCAAGAGGAAGGAGGUUCUGUCUGUCAACAUGAUCAGCCUACCGCUCGCCGAUUUCCGCCACAUCACUCAUAUUGGAAACAAUGCCGACAGCUUUGGAGAUCUGUCUUUUCUAAAGCUGAGUCACAACCUGCUUUUACAAAGUUCCCGAAGUGAGCAGAACGUCUUUCUGGCCUGCUCACCGCCUCCAAAGCCGCCUCGUCUGAAUCUGGACGAGACUGAGAGCAAAAAGACCCCUGACUUGUCUGUGGACCACCAGCACAAUAACUCCCAGAAAAGGAAGAAAUGCAGUUCUCUGCCCCUGCUGGACAGCGAGAAAGGAAAUGUAGAUGCUGAAAAAGAGGAUGGGUACCAAAGAGGGAAUAAUACUUCUUCUAAUCAGACUCAUAGCUCCAGAUGGGGCAGCACAGGUUCAGAUGGGGAUGAAGACUUUAACGAGACCUGUGACAAAACUACGGGACAACAAAAGGAUGAGGACAGUGGCUUUUCAUUCAGCCUCGACCUGGGUCCUUCGAUCCUUGACGAUGUCCUUCAGGUGAUGGACAAACUGCACAAAUAAACCAGAGAUUAGCCAAAUGUCUCGGAGAGGCUUUACUAAAGGUUUGGAAUAUAGAGAGCAAUAAGGGCCUCAUCUUGUCCAGAAUCCUGAUCGGAGACGAAAUCAUCGCAUUUGGAUAUUGUUUUGUUCAUCAUGUUCGGAUAAAUCUAAAGAUAUCUGCUUUUUUGGAAUGCAGAAUCUCAAACAAUGAAUAAUAAACCACAGAUGAACACUUUGUAAUGGCACAGGAUAUGCUCCUAGAGCACUGUGAUCCACAGCGUUUACUAAAAAGUAUGCGUGAUUCUGUUUGAAAAGGGGGCACAUAAACAAAGUUAAUGUUCUCCAAGCAAUCACCCUUUGCAGAGGCAGAUCCAGUGUUUAAGUUAAUAAUUAAACUUUGUUUCAUGUUAAACUAAGAGCUUGACAUUUUCAACCUUUUCACUUUUCCCCUUAGCUAUUUUAAUUCUUCAAACCACACAUCACGGCACUGAUGACGGCUGUUAAGACUUAAGAUUGUUGUGUUUAAGAAAAGAAACGCAACGACUGGAAUCCAAGGUCCUUGGAGCUGCGAUGCCUUGGCGUGCUUGCCAAUCUGUUGUGUGCAGAGGGCAAAUUUUACUCCGCACGCAUCUGAGAGGCCCCACUCAAUGGUAGACCAAGGUACCCCCCAUCUCUCAUUCCCAACAAGGCAGUGAAAACAAACACUUAGUCCUGCUUCCAAUAAAAGCCAGCCAGUGGUGGCAGUUUGGGCUACCGACCAAGCCAGGCCACAGGUCCAAGACCUCAGAAGAAAAAUGAAAAAAAAAGAAGCCAAAGCAGGCUGUUUUCUUAGCUGCAAAUCAGCGUUCAAUGCUCUGGUGAGCAGUGCACGAGAAGAAAAGUGGUAAAGGGUAACUUGAUACUUCCACAUAUGCAGGGGGUGUUGAGGGAGAAGGAAGACCAGAAACAUCAUUACUGUAGCAAAAGUUCUGAUGAGGCUUUAAACACUACCUUCUACCCAAAUACACCCAACACGCAAAAAUGCAUGCUGCAUCUCACACACUGGCACACGAGCAAAGGGAAGCACACGUGAAACACGCGUGAAACACUCGUCCAUACGUUUUCCUCAAACCUACAGAGGAGACGUCGAGACGAGCCUCACUCCGGCUUUGUUGGGGAGUUAUCGGGAUGGGAUGUGGCACAAAACCCAGAAGAAGUCAAAUUCCUAAGAGCGCCACGGGUCAUGGUACAAAAUCUAGAAACCAAAAUAAGUUCUUCAAGCAAUAAAUUUUGAAUUCUAUGCAAGUCCAAAACAGAAACAGCACUGUUUGUGGGAACACUUAUAUAUCCGUUUCUUGUAGACUUCUGCCAAUAACACAUUGUGAAUGUUUUUUUCCUUCUGAAGAAAAAAAUAGUUUUUUAUGUAUUUUUGUGCAAAGCAAAUAAAAACAUCAAAUACUCGUAUGAUGAGAUUGCUUUUUUCUUUAUUUUACACAUUGUUUUAUGUGUUUGUAUCAUUUUUUCUAGAGAAACUACAGCUUAUAUAGGACUCCGCAACACAAUAAUAUUAUGUAGAGGUGGCCAAAAUUAGACACGCACGGCAGAAUUUCAUGCACAGUAGAGGCAUGAAUGCUGCACUAGAGUAAAGUGGACUUUGAAGCACAGCUAAAGCACAAAGAGGUGGCUAUCAAUAGCUAACCAGAGUCCGUUAGUAAACUUCAGGAUAAGCAGGAGAAUGAGCUAUUCACUGGCAGAGAUUUACACUGUGUUGACUGUGUUGCCCUGCUCGAUGCAAUAACUCCCUAAGCAAUCAAAACCUUAUCUAUUCACAAGAGAAAGAAGAAUUGUGCAAUAUCAGAGAAAUCAGAAAUAAUACUUGGCAUCUUAUUUUUCCUGCAUGCAUGUGUCCUUGGUUUUCUAUCAGUCUGUCAUCUGUGUGAAAGUCCUGCGAAGGACACAACUUGAGCAAAUGUUCAGCCACAUGGCUAAUGCGAGAUGAAAGAGUCUGUGAUGGAAGACAAAUUAUCUUGUCUGCUCUGCAAAAAACUGGCCAAACUGUGAAGUAUCCCAAUCACAUCUGGCAUCACUUCCCUCCGUUUUAAAAUCUAAACUUGAUGUCAUGCAGAAUACAAAAAAAAAAAUCUUGUCAUUCCUCUAAAGCAGCUCGUACGAGCUGUGUUUUUUGUCGGCUACCAACUUAAACAUUAAAAAUACUGUAUUGGCAAAUAGGACAAGAGUGCUGCGCCUGUAAUUGUGCUUCCCAGUGAAAUCUAAUGCUACAUGUCUUUGUUUUGGUCUGGUUUGUUUUUUUGUAUUUACACAUGAAAGGGGAUUUCAUAAAACCAACAGUUUUUUGUUUAUGCUGUCGGUAUCGUGUAUCAAGACAGAAAAUAUUAUCAAGCUGCAAAGAGGAUCAAGCAAAUUGAAAACAGCUCUUCCCUCUCAUGAUAUGCAUGAUGAGCUAAAUGCAUUUAGGCAUAGAUUUCUAUGUAUUCUAAACCAGCACAUCUUUUUUUAAAACAUCUCCCAUCCUCCGUUUCGUGAGUGGCCAAUCAUCCUUCAGUCUCAUGUAUUUUCACUGCUCGUUUCCUUUUUACUUUUGCUACUAACAGAAAUGUGAAAUAGAACAAAACCAAAAAAAAAAAAGAAAAGAAAUAUUCAGCUUUUAAGUCUGGUCAUUGCAAUAAACAGAAAGCUGUUCCUAAACAGCUAUCAUCUCAUUAAGAGCAGGUUUCAGGCCAGCACUGAAUAUGCCAACAGCAAGGCCACAUCCAAUGCAUCUCUUCCAGACACAAGGACUAUUUUAGGUGAUAACGCACUUUUAAAGAACUAGCAAACCAGCAGGCUGGAAAAACAAUCCUAGAAUAGCUGAUCUACUGCAUCUGGUUUAUGCCGUGACAACCCUGCAAUGAUUCCCUGGCUCUUGAUGGAAGAAGCAGGCAUAGAAGGCUCAAAUUUAAAACCCUUACAAUAGAAUCGUUUUAAAUAAUACGGUAUGCUAAACUGAGCAAUAAACCAUGAAUCAAGACACAAUGAUUAAUGAUGGCAUCAUAUCUCUGGAGGCAUGAACGUCAGGUCUGGCAAAAACAAAGCAGACAGAUAGAUGGGGAUUCCACAUCCGAGAGUUUGUUAAGAUAAACUAUCCAUGUGAAAUCCCUUUUUCAGAUGCAACUAUUUGCCGCUCUCGGAUAGGACUGCACUGAAAUGUUUAGCAAUGGAUAAUAGGUUCUUUUAGCAUUCACUGAGAUUUUGAACCAUGUACUAAAAGAAACAUUUGGACUUCUGGGAAAAUUUAAAGGUUCAUUUUCUCGACCUCUCCAUUUUUCAGCCUGUCACUACGACGUAUUUGUCAUAUCAGUAAUGUUAACGGGUACACACGCAAAAGUGAACGAUCAGGAAAAGAAAUUGGAUUCUUUUCCCAAAUGAAGGGUCUGAAUUUAGUCAAGAGCGUGGGGAGCAAUUCCACAUGGUGCGAAAGACACGGCCCUCCCCUAUUUUGAAAUUAAUAUCCACGGUGAGAAAAACUGGGUGAAUGCAGUAGGUCCAGUUAUAAAUCAUGUCAUAUCUACAACAAAAACAGAGCCAAAAGAUCAACACUCCUCUCUGUGAGAGAAGUUAAAAAUUUAACACACCAUGAGAUAGAUCAAAGUCUCUGUACCCUGAGGGGGUCUUCUUGGGGAAUUUGCCCCUCCCUUUACUCCAUUAGGCUCCUCAUACUGGCCUCAAAUUCAUUUAUUAAGCCCAGCAGAGAUGGAACUAAAGUUAAGGGUGAAGUCAUCCGUGUAUCUGAGCUCCCUGUGGCGAGACGCUGACUCUGUGAGCUGUGUUUAGAUUGAUGAGGUUAAAGAACCAAGUCCUCACUUUGCUCAUAUGUGAUUGCAGCUGGAUAAUGUUGGGACACUAUGAAGGGGUCGGCUACAGGAGAGGGAUCAGAUUUGUAGAUCCCAGAUAAGAAUCUGAAAAGAACAUUCACACCCACUGACCCGUGGAUAGGUGUGGAUCAACACCGCUAAUAUCUGCCAUGGUUUAUCUAUUAUGUCAUGUGGGACCUCUUUAGCAAGAAGUAUUCUCAGUGAAGGCUAAUUUGAAAAUAAUUCUAGCAUAGUAAUGUUUCCAGUCAGAGUUACAGAAGAAAAAAGGCUAAAGCAAUCAUCUUUGAAUAUCUGCAAUGCAAACCAGUUUACCAUGAUAACAUUUAAAGAGAUUAGUGUGACAAGUCCCAGUGUGCAGACUCAAUCACAGAUACUAAUGCUGUGUAGGGGGUCGUAGACCCCACACUAGCAUGAGAGGUGAAACCCAGUUCAGCAGUUUUAUGUAGCAAACUGUGGUCCAUAGGUGGUUAAUUCUUCAAAUUAAAAAAAAUGUUAUAUUAAGAUGAUCAGAAGGUUUUUGACUUAAUGAAAAAGGCCAAAAUCUAAAAGUAAUUAAUAGGAAGAAAAAAAAUGUAAUCACUUGGCACCAAAAUAUCCAUUUUUACUUUCUCACGUGCCAGACUACCAUUAUUGCAUACUGCUACACGAAAUGCAGCAAUCCUGGGGUCUGCCAGGUCAUUUCCAUUAAUGAUCAGCCAACGAGGGGCUCUGGGCCAGUGCCGGGCCAGCACCUCACCACAAAUAAACCGAGGACCAUUUAACCAAACACAUUGUUCUAGGUCAGACGAAUGGGAGUGCAAGCACCGGGGAAAUAUCUGCACCACUGAUACGAAAAUAAAAGCUCUGAGCGUUUACAUACCUCUCUUUGUGGGGCAGUGUUUAGGCAAGAGUAUUUGUGCUGGAAGCAAUGUAGCCGGAGGAUUUUAUAACAUGGGGCUGACACGCUUUAUGAGAGAGGAGGGGGAUUACAACAGCGCAUUUUAAUGUUAUACCGGUACCUGUGAAGGCAUGAACUGCCCAGAAUGAGAAGCUGCGGCAAAAACCUCAGGCUGUCCUUCAAGCCAGGAAAUCUUCAGGGGAUUUGCAGCUACGCCACUUUCAUUCUUUACAGCCAGCUCCUAAAAAAAACAAAAAACUAAAUGUGAGAGUGGGUAUUCAAAUGAGUCAUCGACCAGUAUUAUUAAGGCGAAAAAACUUUCUCCUUGUACAGAGUGGGACCUGGGUAUUUGUUCAGUUCACAUAACACCUAAAUAAAGGUGGGCCAACACCGGAGCUGGGGCAUGAAGAUGGGCAGGGUGAGACAACAGAACCUGUACCUAGAUCCCAGUAGACUGGCAGGCAUAUUUUCUGCAGGCGAAACACAUGUUGCGGUAAGGAAACCACAACAACAAAAAAAGUACAUCAUGAUGACAAAGAGCCUGAGGAACCAGACAGUGGGGAACAAUAACACGGCUCAGUUCCGUCCGUCCAAUGGUUUCCAUCAGCAUCGGGACUUCUGCGGUACAGAAUGACUAAAAUAUCAGUUUCACUCACACAGACCGUCCCCAGGCACGGAAGUCUAUGACAGCUAUCACUCUGAGUAAUAAUCAAACUCAUCGGGUGACCUGGAAUUUUGAGGCAAAUGAAUGUUGAAGAAAACGGUUUCUGAGGUUCUUAUUCAGGAGUUAAGGUACUUACAGCAGCUCUCACAGUUGCAAAUUCUGCAACAGCACUUCCUUUCUUCUUACUCGACAUGAUCACAUUCAAAACAUCGCCAUACUAGAAGUAAAAAAAAAAAAAGUGGGGGGGGGACAA